AUGGGCGGAGUAAUCGCCCUACUUCUUCAUCUGUUCCUCUUCAUCUGUUCUUCAUCUGUUCUUCAUCUGUUCUUCAUCUGUCCUUCAUCUGUUAGCGCGCGCCGCUUCAUCUGUUCUUCAUCUGUGAAUAGGAGGAUCUGUAGAAUCAUACAGGCUAUGACCCCAGAACACUCCUACUGUGGCAGUGCUAUAGUGGGCCUAUUAUACAGACAAAAGAUGCAUUUUAAAUCAUUUAAAAUUAAAUUCAAAAACCAGUUAUUUAAAAAGAAACAAGGGAACCGUGCAAAUAAGAAUAUAGAAUUCUAA